CCACGCCGUUUAACGCGGUAUACCUACGACGAGACGUAUUUCCUCGGUAGGGCCGGCACAUUGGUGCAACUGCGGUCCGGCGGCGACGGCGCGCGACGUGCCACCGACAUCGACUCCGGGACACCACGUGGGCAACAGUUCUCCGCGUGUCGCCGCCCCGGUGUGUCGCGAUUGCCCCGCGCACGAGAGCCGACGGCCCCGUAUCACGUUCGGUGGUAACAUUUUUUCCAAGUAUUAUAUAUUUUCGCUAUCGCGGUUAGUUCAUGGAAAUAAAAGAAAAAAAAAAUUAGCCGAUCGUUUCGAUAAUUAUAAACUAUAGGCAACUCUACCGUUGCACAUAGACCGAAACGUUAUUAUUAUCAUUAUUCGAUAGGAGGUUAUUACAAUACGAACCGUGUGUAGAGAGGGACUUACAUGUACCUACAAUAACCUAACCGGCUUGGACCGUGUUCUAUAGGGGAAAAAAAUUAAAAUAGAAAUGGACCAUUGUGAUACAAAACCUGACGGAGACGGACACUAGAUUGUUGAAAUAAAAAGAAAUAACAAAAAAAAGAACAACAGUAUACACACAGAUGGGGUUCAUCACUAUUGUCUUACUAUAUUGCUUGUCAAGUGCAACAGGUCAUUUAAAUGUAUUCAUCAGUCAAAAAGAAGUCAAAAGGAUUAUGGGUUUAUCAUCUGAACUCUAUUAUGUUCGUGAUGGGGUUGUGAAUACAUAUGCAAUGAAUUUUGAAGUACCAGUUCCUGCGACUAUUGGUGAACUUGAGUUUUGUUGGCAAUCGUUAACUCGACAUUCGUUACCGUAUACCUGGAGUGUAGAGUCCAACAAUGGCAUAGCUAUGAAGAAGCCGGAACUGGACAUCCCGGAGUCAGGAUGGGUACCGUCUCAUGUCCAAGUGUUCCGGCUCAAGUUGCCGUGCACGGGCGUCGUGAGUUCCGAGGUGCACGUUCUGCUCACUAUCAACAUAACCGCUGUUAAUCCAAAACAUGGCGACGUGUCACUGGUAUUUCACCGGAACAAGAUAUGUCUGAAGACCACCGACAUGCUCUUAGACUCUCUCAUCGGUAAGGAUGGUUCGCUAGAGACUAACCUGAUUGACGAAUUGCCUCAGAGCCAACAGAAACAGCUUCCAAAGUCUCCAGCCCAACCACCGCUGCUGUCACCACGGUCACAACCCGACAAUGACCAAAAUAAUGAUAAGACAUUGAUAAUGCAACCUUCGUAUGGUGGGACAACCGGAACAGUGCAGGUCGCAACUGCUGUGGCGACUACUGGUGGUGGAAAUACCGCAUUGACUUCGCCUAAACAUGGCGACGAAGCACCUGAAGAAUUAGUACCUGCACACGGUGCGUUCUUUUUUGCGCUUGGAUGUGGGUCUGCACUCAUAGUCACUCUGGUGGCAGUCACAUUCGCCCUGGCUUACAAGCGCACCAACAAAUCGUUUCUCAUCAGGUCUAAAUCUAAAGAGUCAUUGCAUACUAGUUACACGAGUGCCGCUUACGUGGCCAACCCCAACGUUUUGGUGCGCGUCGGCUCAGUGACCAGCACUAGCGGUACUUAUGCGACCAUCAGAAGCGUGCGGAAAACAGCUGCAUCAAUGGCAGAAGACGAUCUUCCAAACCACUGUAUAAGCAGUGGAGUUUCCGGAAACAAAGGCAAUAGCCACGUGUCACCAUACGCCACCAGCUACGUGGCGACUGCAGCCGGAAGUAAUAAUUAUCACGUCUACUCGAAACCAGCAUCACCCACGGCAUCCAAAAUAUCGUAUUACGCCUGCACACCACUGAUGGCCGUUAACGAUCGGAGAAUGUGUGAUGACUUGGACGAGCGUAUACGUCAGCUAGACUCGCAUGGCGCUACGGUCAAAUUGGAAAGACUUCUCCAGGAGGGCGCUUUCGGUAAGGUGUAUCAAGGCACGUAUAAACACAAUGGUGGUGGAUCGCAAGAAGUUCUCGUCAAGACCGUCACAACUGAUGCUGCAUCUCAACAAAAUAAAAUGUUUUUGGCUGAAAGUUUAAUGCUUCAUGGUUUACCGGGUCAUGUAAACAUAUUACAACCAAUUUCUGUAUGUCAGUACUCAAAUAAACCAACCGCGAUAUUAUAUCCGUUCAGUAAUAAAGGAAAUCUUAAAAGGUUUCUAUGCGAUUGCAAAAGGAAAAAUAACGACUACUACAACUUAACCACAAAAGACAUUGUUAACAUGGCUGUACAACUCUGCUUAGGUAGUGUAUUCCUUCACAGCCAAGGUAUCUGUCACAAGGAUAUAGCUGCCAGGAAUUGUGUCGUGGACGAAAAGUUGCGAGUCAAAUUAGCCGAUAGCGGAUUGUCUAGAGACCUGUUUCCUGAUGAUUAUUCAUGUCUAAACGACAACGAAAAUCGACCCAUAAAGUGGAUGGCCCUUGAAAGUAUCACUUUACGCACCUAUAACGGUGCCUCGGACAUAUGGUCGUUUGGUGUUUUGCUCUGGGAACUUGUGUGUUUAGGUGCUCAGCCCUACUCAGAAAUUGAUCCGUAUGAUCUGAGCCUUUACUUACAAGAAGGAUACAGGCUAUCGCAACCAAUCAACUGCCCGGACGACCUGUUUGGGAUGAUGACAUUCUGUUGGCUACCCAGCCCGGAGGAACGACCAUCAUCCGCUCAAGUAUUGGCGUGUUUACAGGACUUCCAAAAAACUCUUAACCAGUUUAUCUAAAAUAGACUUUCCUUUAUUUUACUAUUUAUAAUUUUUUAUAUGUUUUGUUAAAUAUGUUGAUGUACAUUAAGUUACUUACGAUAUACGAUUAGAGGUGCUAUGUAUGUAAGCGUUAAACAUUAUUUUGGAGAAAACUUUUUUUUUUAAUGAACAAUGACAAAAAUAAAUGGGAAAUCACAAGAUGGCGGAAGAUGGUGAAAAAUAAAACUGCCAUUUAUUACAUGUUUAAGUAAAACAAUUCAAUUAUUUAAAUUUUAAACAUAUUUGUA